AUGCUGAGCUUUGGCACCAAAACAGCGUGGAGGAACGCCUCCAGAUGCGUCGGCAGGAUUCAGUGGUCCAAUCUGAAACGUUCCUAUCUAUCUAUCUAUCUAUCUAUCUAUCUAUCUCAUUCUAUUCAUUGUCUAUCUCAUAAUGUUCAUAUUUAUCUAUCUAUCUAUCUAUCUAUCUCUGUCUGUUUUUAUCUAUCUAGCUAUCUUUUUGACAGAAGGGAGGUAACCACCCCAAAGCAGAUGUUUGACGCUAUCUGUGAACAUAUUGCCUAUGCGAAUAACAAGGGAAAUCUGAGAUCCGCAAUUACCAUCUUCCCUGCUAGAACUGAUGGCCAACAUGAUUUUCGUGUUUGGAAUCCUCAGUUAAUUUCUUAUGCGGGAUAUCAACAAAAAGACGGUUCUAUAAUCGGUGAUCCAGCGAAUGCUGAAUUUACUCUGGUGUGUGAACGGUUAGGUUGGAAAGGAAAUGGUGGCCGCUUUGACAUUUUGCCGCUGGUCUUGCAAGCACAUGGCGGAAAACCAGAGAUUUUUGAACUUCCCCAAGAGCUCAUUCUUGAAGUGAAUCUCACACAUCCAAGGUGA